AUGCCAAAGCGAGUUUGGGGUCAAGGCUGUGGUCAUCCAAGCAGUAGGGAUUUCCAGGCGUCAGGGUACUAUAUUGUGCUGUCACUGAUACAAAUCGUCAAGGACAUUGGAGUCGUCGACGACAGCAUUCGUCUAGUCAAGGAAACCGUCCAACAGCUCGGUGGGCUUGACAUCAUCAUUAACAAUGUCGGUUGGACCAGAUUCGCCAACUUCGGCGAUAUCAAUGACCUGACUCAUGAUGAAUGGAACAAGUGCUGGUCUAUCAAUGUUAUGUCCCAAUUGGUGUUGAUGCAGGAGGCUGCUCCUAUCUUCAACGCCAAUCCAGAAGGUGGUGUCUUCAUCAUAUCUUCGUCGGUUGCUGGAAAGUCUUGUAGCGGAAGCAGCAUGGGCUAUUCCGUCACCAAAGCCGCUGGCCUCCAUCUCAUGAAAUGCCUAGCGUCCACGCAGGGCCCAAAGAUCAGGAUCAAUGCUGUAUUGCCGGGGCUUCUGUUAACGGAGUGGGGCCUCAGAUAUGGCGAAGAGCGGAUUGAGGCCACUAAAAACAGGGCCGCCUUGAAGCGCGAGGUUGGUUCUGUUCAAACCUUAUCUUUUCCAGUCUCACACGAAUAG